AUGGAAGGGGAACCCAAGAAGAACCCCCUGGGCGAGUACAGGGAAGGAGAUGUAGUUACAAUGACAAGAUCGAGAGGACUAGUGGGGCCAAAUCAAAGGAGGAGCCCGCAGGAGAUCAAUGACAGCUAUCCCAGACGUCACUACUUCACCCUGGCUAAGCCCGGGCAGAGCAGCAGCGUGGGAUUCAGAACGAGUAGACAGCCCCGAGAGAGAAGAACGACAUUAGUCCAACGAGACGUCCAGAAACGGCUGAUUUAG